CCAUUGACCAGGCAUCCCUUCCGGUAGAUGAGGUCAACUUUUCCCCAGAUCCGCCAUUUCAGUCCCGGAGUUUGUAGUUACACUUUAGUUUUGACUUUAUUUCGGACUCUUUUUAACGUGUUUGUGGGUGCCACACAAGUCCCACCAACUAAAGGCAACAUUAUACAUUACUCCUGGAAGUUUUGGUUUUGUAUAAGUUCUUAUUUUCCAGGUGGAAGCUGGUUAGUGAACCAAAGUUUUUGCAUGAGUUUCGGAUUUACAGGCUGAGCCGGACCGGGGUUCGAAUCCUGCUCGGGACGAAUUUACUGCAUGUCAUCCCUUCUGUGAAUAAAAGCACUGGUUGCAAAAAGAAGGAAUAAGAAAGGCCUUAAAGCCUCGGUGGGGAUUUCACAGCCAUGGCGGGUAACUUUGACGCGGAGGACCGUGGGAGCUGGUUCUGGGGAAGGCUGAGCAGGCAGGAAGCCGUGUCUCUGCUGCAGGGAGGCCGGCAUGGCGUGUUCCUAGUCCGGGACUCCAUCACCAGCCCGGGGGACUACGUACUGUCCGUGUCGGAGAACUCCAAAGUGUCCCAUUAUAUCAUCAACAGCAUUAGCAACAACCGGCAGUCUGGAUCCGGUCUGGCUCCUCCUCGGUUUCGGAUCGGCGAUCAGGAGUUUGAGGCGCUUCCUGCCCUCCUGGAGUUUUACAAGAUCCACUACCUGGACACCACCACGCUCAUAGAGCCCAUAAACAAAUCCAAACACACGGGGUUUGUUAGCGCCUCGGCCGGCGUUCCCGUUCAGUCCGACGAGGCCGAGUUUGUCCGGGCGCUGUUCGACUUCCCCGGCUACGAUGACGAGGACCUGGCUUUCCGUAAGGGCGACAUCCUGCGGGUUCUGGAAAAGCCGGAGGAGCAAUGGUGGAACGCGGCGAACCAGGAAGGUCGCGCCGGGAUGAUCCCAGUUCCGUACGUGGAAAGGUACCGACCUGCCUCGCCCACCGGUACCGGUGCCGCUGCUGGUGCUUCUGGACAGCAGGCUGCAGGGGUUUUGGGCCCCGCAGACGCACCAGGGCCCCCUAUAGGAACUCCUCCAGGCGCCUCGGGUCAGUACGCCCAGCCGGUGCUGAAUGCCCAGCUGCCGAACCUUCAGAACGGACCCGUCUUUGCCAGAGCGAUCCAAAAGAGGGUGCCCAACGCCUACGACAAGACGGCCCUCGCUCUGGAGGUGGGAGACAUGGUGAAGGUGACCAAGAUCAACGUGAACGGCCAGUGGGAGGGAGAGUGCAAAGGCAAGCGAGGCCACUUCCCCUUCACACACGUCCGACUGCUGGAACAAAACCACCCCGAUGACGAGAGCUGAGAAACACACACACACACACACACACACACAAACACACACACACACACACACAGGCACACACACAAACACACACUCACCAUCCUCUGGUUCUUGUCACGCUCGGGAAACAUUAGUUUACACUAAGGUCGGACUGAUAUCGGUUAGCAUAUGUUAGCUUGUUCGUUAGCAUCGCCCCCGUUAGCUGCAUCAUUGACCACUUCCUACGAAAUGAAAUGAAAUACUCAGCAGCAUUUAUUGGUUUAGUAUUUAUUAGAAGGUUUCAUUUUAAAGGAACACGGUUGAUUGUUAUUUCGAUUAGCCUAGCUUAGCUUAAUGUUAGCCGUUAGCUCUAGUAGUUAGCUUCUGAGUCAAGAGACGAGAAAUCUACUUAAUCCAGGUUUUUUAUUCUCUGUUAUGGGCACUAUUUUGUUUCCGUUCUUUUAAGGUGUUAAACCCUUUCUACAGAAUCCUUAAAGAUCUGGAUUUGUGUACUCCAUGUAUUUUAGCAUUAAAAAGUGAAUUAAACGCAAUCUCCCCUCCGCCCAAGAUGCCUAUUUUUAAUCCUGUUCUACCCAAUGGACAUCAUUUGUAUGAGACAGAGUCCAGGGGCAGUCUCGACUUUAAAUACUCAUGAUUCAAGAUGUUUUAAUUAGCAUUUCUUUAAAACCUGAACCUAGUGCGUUAAAAUCACAACAUAUAUAUAUAUAUCAUAUUAUUUCAAAACGGCUUUACACCACCAGCCCUGUAUUGAUGCGCUUUGCUAAGGUUAAACCUGCGCAUACAGAGAUUACUUUCUGCAAUAAUCCAAAAUCACAUGGAGAAAUCCCAUUGACUUUCAGUCAAGGGAACCAGGGAGAUGCUGCCUUCAGGGUCAGCAACAAAAAUAGGACAUCACUACACCACGCUUGAAGUUGUGUGAACAGGAAGAUGGAUGUUAAUAGAAGCUGCUAAAAGGAUAUCAGAAGUAUUCAAGUAGUGUCAAAGAGUAUUACACGUCAGUAACCGAUAUCAGUCGAACCGUAGUUCUCACACCUCCAGCCCAGUAUUGAACACAACACGACACACACUUCUUCCCUUCCUGUGUUUUCCUGUAUCUCCACCGACUGAUUCAUGCAGAAGGGAAACCAUCGACACGAGAGACAAAACUCCUCACAGAAUCAUGACUCAGCGAGUUCCUGCAGACUGUGAACCCUCGGAGUGAAAGACUUUUCCCGAUGGAAACUCCACCGACUUAUUACAUCCCACACUACGAACAAGUCCUCUUUUUUUUAUUACUAAAAGUGGAAAAUAUUAUGAUAGAAUUGACUAUAUAUACACACACCUUACAUGCUAAAUACUGUAAACCUUCUUUCCUUUAUAUUUGAUUUUGUUACCAGAGACCUGUUAUGAUAUUCUCGUGAAACACUAUUCAGCGCCAACGUGGACGACGGUAAACGAACAAGAAUCUGCUUCAAAGGACGCAGAGGCUGUUUUUAGAAGACGAGAGGAGAGAGGUCGAGGAUUUUAUUUCUGUCUCUCAGCGGAGUUUUCAUGACAUUGUCACUCGAGAUGCUUUUAAGAUAAAAUCCACUUUGAAAACGCUAAACGCUUUUGCAUUUCUCACGUGUUCCUGGUGAAACGGACAUGCCACUUUGUGUCACUUCGUGUGCCAUGAUUGACAUUUUCUGCAGGUUUUCUCAUGAGCUUAUUCCACAAUAACCUCUGAAACACACAAGAGAUGUUCUCUAACUGUACCAAUGUUGUUCUCCUUAGUUUAAUUGUUUUUAUGCAAAAUGAGCAAAUACCAACUCUUACCUUCCCCGUUGUUCACUUUGACCUGCUCUCAAUGUUUUGAUGUCCCAAUAAGGAGUUAUUCCAUCUAUUUGUCACACAUUAAGACAUUCAUGCUCUCAUCAAUCACUACCUUCAUUUAAGUAUGUGUUUAAUUUCAGUUUAUAGCAUCUGGUGUCUUUAAAUGGCUGUAAAGACACGACAGCCACGCUUUCCUUAGAGAGUCAUCCUGUGGACUCGCACAUGUAUCACCCUUCCUAUCAUGCAAUAAACUACAGUAGGAACAUGGUGAUCAACUUCAGCUGCACAUACAUUAUUUGGGAGCAUCUGCAGAGUCACUUCCUCUCUACCUCGUGACUUCUGUUUUUCCCCCUUUUUUUAAAUUCUGAGUUUUUCUUUUUCUUAGAACUCAGGAAAAACAAAUAUCAGAAUUGAGAUAUUUUUUGGGGGAAUUCAGUUCAAAAAAAUGUCAGAAUAAAACAAAAUAAGAGUUGUUUCUCAGAUCUCAGAACAUGUCUUUCACUCAAAUAAAGCCCUUGACCUCUUCCGUAUAAGCUCCUGUCCGCUGGCAAUAUCAGUAUUGUUGUUUAAAUGAACAAAUGGUUUCCAAAGCACUAAAGCAUUACAUCCGUUCUGUCCUUGUUUCCAAAUCAUGCAUUGAGUCCUGGGGGUCAGAUGUACCAUACAUAAAUCAUCUAUACUCAAAGUAAACCCUUUCUGUAAAGAUGGUUUGCAUGUAGUUCCAUGUUUACCCAUCGUGUGAGUGACUGUCAGUCUGAACCCUUCUGUAGUAUAUAUAUUAUCUAUGCAUUAUGCAAUCAACGGCACAUUUAUUCAUUUUAAUGGUGUGCUUUAUGUCCUGUCAAUGGCCCCAGCUGUAUUUCAUUGGUUUGAUAUGCAACUGAUUUUCUUCGGGUAAAAUUUUGCUUAAAUUUGACAGAAUUUUGAUGAAAUCUGAAACUCACACUCACACACACACACACACACACGUGUGUGCAUCUGACCCUGGAUAUAAUAAAAUGUAAUAUGUUUACAAUGUGUUUAUAAAUUGUGAAAGUUUCCCUCCAAAUUUAAGGAAAUUAUUUUUUGUACGCUUCAUUAAUGCCAUAUUUUUAUUACCGUUCUGUUCAUACAAUAUUUUGGGUCUCAUCUGUGCAUUAUUGACAGCUCUGUAUGUUUCAAUAAACACAUGCAAUAGAUCUCAUUCCCAAUAUUCCACCUUUAUUUGUACAGGCUGCAGAAAUAAUGAAACCAUAGAUUUUCAGCCGUCGAUGUGCUGAUUAAAGUCAGAUAUGUGUAACUGCAUUACGGUAUAAAGGUGACCAAUUAACACUCCAUGACAGUGACAACAGCCCAGGAAUUAUAAAGUGUGCUGCUGCAAAUCUUGGAUGAAAUGGAAUAUAUCUGAUGUCCCAAAACACGACGUUGUGUCACAAAUUGUUUAGUGAAAUCUUUCAACAAUGGUCAAGUUUCUGCAUAAAUUUGCAUUAAUUGAACAUUUACCAAAUUAUAUUUCAAGGCCGGUUCCUCCUGCCACAUUUCCCUGAUUUGUAUUGUUUAUAUUUGCUGUAAAAUUUGCAAAAUUUGGAUGAACUAGAAAAGAUACGAUGACAGCAAUGUGUCCCAAAACACAUUUUAUUGCAGAUUGUUUAAGGAAAUAAAUGAAAAUGCAAUAUAAAAGUGUCUGCAUAAUUUCACGUCAAUUGGAAAUCUGUUUUUUAUAAAUGUGUUUCUUGUUAUGCCUUUAUGCAAAGUGUUCGUCUGGUAUCAUCAGUAACUGUUGCCUUUUUUGAUAAAAUAUUCUAAUUUUUAAAAUCAUGGCAUUAUUGCAACUCAACAAAGCAGUUAAAGACCAAUGAAUACUUUUAAAUACCACUGAUGAUCCUUCAAUGUGCACCUUAUCUCCUCUACAGCUCAGAGUCUCAUCAUGCCAAAUAAUGUUUUUGUUUUUGCAAUGAUUAUAUAUUUUUGUGCCAUGUCUCACCCUCACUUUUUGAAGAGGACCGGAACAAACAAAAUAGGCUUUUCAAAAUAAGAGAGAUUGUACAAUGUGUCAAAGUGUUGUGAAAAUAUAUGAUUUGAAGUUAAAAUGUACCUUUUUUUCUUUUCUGUAGCAUGUAAUGUGUAAAUAUACCUAGUCAAUAAAAAUAUACCAAGUUGU